AUUUGGAUUUUUUGUUUCUAAUAUAUGAAUACCACUUCUCAAUGUAUCUCUAUUCCGAACGACGCGAAGCCGAGAUUGCACUCGUCGGAACGAUUCAAUUGUUACCAAAGACGGCGUUGAAGUCUCCAAGGAAGGAUAAUGACAAGUAAAAGCAGAUCAGCAGAACCUACACUUCAGUCAUCCAUCACAUGAUGCUAAACAACAUGAACAUCGGAAAAUGAAACAUGACUAUCUCAUCACAUGAAAUUUUAUGACAUUGGAUGGCUGAACACUCACACAUUUUAAACAUGAGGUUUCUCCUGCUGUGCAUGGUUUUAGCAGUAACAACCACUGCUAUUACCCUGCUGUGUUAUGUCUUCCUUCUGAGUUCAAUAGUACCAACAACAGUGCGUUCAUUUUUGGAGGUGAGGAAGACCACCGAUUACCCUGUGUUGGUAGGUUCAUCUGUGGAGUCACAUUUCUUGACACUGAAGAUGUAUAACUGCUCUCGCUUGCAACACAGGCAAGUGCACAUUCUCUGGAGCAACUUCUACUGGCAAGAAGUCCAAGACAGUAAGAUAUAUUUGUACAGUGCUUACUAUGACACAAGAUUUGUAUAUGAUGGAGUACCUUACCAUUAUGUGAGAGUAAUAGGCAUGUCAAUGGGGAAAAUAUAUGGGAAAAUAUAUUAUUGUAGCCUCUGGUAUAAGCAGCAGAAUGAUCCUGUUGUCUUGAAAGCAGAUACAUCAGAGAUUUGGGUGCAGCAGUGGAAUAGUCGUCCAGCUCCUGACAUGUAUCACACAUACCUCUUCACUUGCCCCAUUCCAGAAGGAGUACGUAAGGGUGGUGCCUAUCCAGAUUAUGUCUCCAUUUCUGCACAACCAUGUAAUAAUGUAACGACCAUGGUACCCAUUCACAGAGAGGGCAUUUUGAAGAGUCAGUUAAAAAAGAAAGGCAAGUAUGCUGUAUGUGUUAAAGGGAUGGACUUCAGAAAAGAUAUAUCACAUAGACUAAUAGAAUGGCUAGAACUUCUUUUCAUAUUGGGUGCAGAAAAAGUUUUCUUUUAUAAAUACUCAGUCCAUCCAAAUAUAGAUAAAGUGUUGGAUUACUAUACUAAACAAGGGAAAGUGGUCGUCUUACAUCUAACACUGCCAGGAGACCAGCCCAAUGAACCUCAGUUACGUUCUCUGUACUUGAAGAGAGAUGUGUGGCAGAAGAGGAGAAAUGAAAUUGUACCGUAUAAUGAUUGUUUGUAUAGAAACAUGUAUUUGUAUGACUACAUAAUUCCUCUUGAUGUAGAUGAGGUUAUUUUACCUGUAAAAACUUACACAUGGUCAGAAAUGUUCAGGAAGUACAAGCAAGAUCAUCCCAAAGACUUGGAAAGAUAUGCUUCUCUCUCAGCUCAAAACGCCUAUUUUCUAGAUGUUUACAAUGCUACAAGGGACCCUGACGUUCCUAGGAAGUUCCACAUGUUGCACUAUAAAACUCGCAGUGCAAAUUUCAGUAUCCGAGGGCACUCCGUCAAGAGCUUCAUAUCAACAAACAAAUCUUUAACUAUAUUUAAUCAUUAUACCCUAGAGGGCCUCUAUGCCAGAGUGAAAGGGAACCUUGUUUUGAAUACUUCAGUUGUGCAGAUGAACCACUAUAAAGAACGUUGUCCACGAGAGUUGUAUAGCAAGUGCAAGAGCAAUUUUUUGGUUUAUACAAUUAGGGACAAUAUUAUAGAAAAAUACAAGAAACCCCUUGUAGAUCAUGUUCUAAUGACUUUAAAGAAAUUGAACUUGUUACCUAUAGAUUAAACAGUUAUCUUUUAUGCGUUUAUGCCUAUGAUUAAUUGCACAUAGCAUGCAUUUGUGUAUGUAGUAUAUAGAGAGAGAAACAAAGAAAAACACAGGCAAACACACAGGUAUAGACAUAUGUAUUUAAACUUAAAAUGUUAUCUUUUUUGUAUUUCUAUGAUUCUGAGUGCAAUACUUUUGAUUUAUAAUAAAAUAAAUACCCUGAAUGUAAUGACAUGUAUAUGGAAAUAAACAGUUUCUUUUAAACGUUUUUUUUUAUACCUUGAAAUCCACACCAUACUUGUUAUUUGACACAACUUUCAACUUCCAGUUUGUAUUUUAUAUAUUUAUUUCACGUGUACAAGAUUUUGGUGAACUGUAAAUGAGAUUUGAUCUAAUUCACAUUUUAACAUUCUUUAUAUACUGCUUUACCUCUAAGCAUUUUUAAGAAAUUAAAAUCUUAUACCUUUUCUUUCUUAAUUAUGAAGAAAUAUUUGACAGUUGACCAUGCAAGGAAAAUGCCUUCUGUAUGAUCAAAAACUGUAAAUCAGAAUGCAAGCAGAUGUAAGUAAAAUGGCAGAGUUCAUACAUUAGUUACUCAUCUUAUACCUGCAUAUUACAUAUUUAUGAAUAUGGUAUCACUUUCAGGGUAUAAAGACUUCUCCAUAUGACAUAAGGAAGAUCAUCAGCUUUAUAUAUAAUUAGCAUUUUUACUGUGACCUUGUAAUAAAAAGCAUAGGAAAUAUUAGGGACCACAUAUUAUCGAUUGACGCCAGUAGGAUAUGUACUGUAUACAUGGUUUUCUACUGGGAUUUUUAGUCAUAGUUUCAUUUACCAUAAGUGCUUAGUCAGUGUACAUAGUGAUGAUAACAUGAAUAAUAAUACUAAUAGUAGCAGAUUUUUUUUUCUAGAAAUAUCAAGGAAGGGAGUAACAGGUGAGGUCAGUAGGCCUAGUAAUUAACUUGUGAUGCAAUCUGCAUGUAAGCAAAAUUGUCAAAACAAACUACAGCAGACAGUGCAUGUACCCAAUGCCAAUGGUUUAUUAUAAAAAGCAUUUUGUUUUUUGUGCUAAGGUUAAUUACAGUGUAUAAGUAGAUUCAACACAUGGAUGUCUUUCCUAGAUUUCCAAUAUAACUUGCCAAAAUCUAAAAUAUAAUUUCCUUGAGAGUACAUUUUUUUUUCUUAGUUGUAUUUAUGGAGCAAAUUGACUUUAUGCUAAAGAUAGUAAGUAAAUGUUUCUUUUCAUAGUAUCUUCCUUGAUUAUACCAAUAAAAAAAUUAUCAGCCCUUUGUAGCUUGAUUCAACAUAUAUCACAGGUGUUAAAACAAAAUCAUAUCUUGUAGAUGCAUUGUGAGAACUGAAAAUAAUAAAUAUAAAUUAUUUCAUCCAACUUUUUCGCAAGUAAGUAUAGUUCUUUAUUGUACACUCCUAGGUUUCUGACUUGGUCCUUGUUAAUGCAAAAUUUCAUAUUUUAAGAUUAUUUUUAAUUUUGUUAAUCUGUAUAAAUGUAUAAAAAUAUUGGCUAAUUGUAUUUUAUUUAUUUUCAUUAUUUGUCACUUAACUAAUAUUUUCUAAAUGAGGAACAGGAUGAUGCAAUCAUAACAUACAUAUCAUAUUAAUUCAUUUUCCUAGAAGUAACUGUAAUGUAAAUGAGAUAUAACUGUCCUACUUAAACUGGGUGAUAAUCUGUAAGGAUGAAUUAUUUGCCUAGAAUGUGUUAACUUGGAAUGAGAAAUACCUGUCAAGAUUAUGCCACUAGACUUAGGAUAUAAUUUAGCACUUUACCAUUUUCAUUUUAAGAGAAAUCAGUUCAAUGAAUUUGCUGAAGUGUUUGUUUUAUAAACGCAUAUUCAAAAAAGCAAGCUGCUAAAUAAUAUUCAAUAAGUAGUAAAAUAUUUCUGCUUCUAUAAGAAAUUAAAAUGAAUAAAAAGAAAAACAUAAUUCAUAUUCUCUUAAAAGCUGUCAGCUUUCUUAUCUUUGUAUUAAAUCAGUGUUCAUAAAAUAAUAAUGAUAAUAAUAAUAAAAAAAUAUAUUAUCCCCACAAUUCUGCAUGUAUUUGUACUCUCUUCCAUUUAUAAAACUUGUGUGCAUAAUUUUUGUUGUCAUUUUUCCAUUUACAUAUUUCUGUUUACUGCAAACACUUCUAUUUUCAAUAUAUUGGGAUUUAAUAAUAUUGAUUUGAUAAUCUGACUAGAACAUUCCCUCCCCCAUUUUUUAGUUAUGCAUACCACUGUAUUCGCCUACCAUCCCUCUUUCUUAAAAACACACUGGGACACUCCUAUGGAAGUGCUUAAAGUGGUCGAAAUUCCAUUUAUCUGCAACCAUUGCUAAGCUCUGUUGCUAGAUGAAGAGAGGCUGUUGUGUCCUGAGAGCCACAAUUAUUGCUUCAUAUAGCAUUUUAAGUUUGCUCACUCCAUAAUCAAGACAUAAUGCAUAAUCCAUCAAAAUUGUGUGGUUGGUUUCAAAGAUAUACCAAUUUGAACACUAAAACUUUGAAUGCCAUUUUCUUGACUACUAAAUUAAGCACCAUCUUUUCCAAAAGGAUAUAAAAUGAGACACUCUGUAAAAGACUGAUGUUUGUACUACAAAGUCAUAAAUAACUAUAAAGUCAAACAUUCACCUUUUUAAAUUAUGAGGUGCCCUUACACAGUCCACAAGUGGAGAGAAGGCAGAAACCAGCUGUUAAUACCGAAUUACUGUAGAAUUUGAUAUAUUGGAUUCAUUAAUUGCAUAAAGUACAGAUAAAAGGUAGUGUUCAAAUAAAAACUAGUUAACAAAGAUAUACGAAUAACAGCAAAGACCACACAAAGAAAGACUCAAAACUCACACCUUUUGCUUGUAGUGCAGGGAAACAUUAGUGCCCUUAGCAUUGAGCAAGGGGACCAGGAAAGCAGCUGCUGUACUGCCAUUUUUGUUUUGUUUUUAAUCUUCUUUUCCCAGUUAAUUAUUAUUUACAACUUUGUUCUUUUUGAGAAUUAAGAAAUAUCAACAUAUAUUUUAGAUUUAUCCUUAUUAAUGUAUUUCUCACAGUACACCAAUGGAUGGCAGGCUAGGCUAUUUGAAGCAGCCUGAAUGCUGCAGGGUCACAGCUCCCUUGCAGCAAGCCAUUAUUUAAGCUUUGCCCUCUUUUUAUGGUAACCAAAAUGACUCCCUACUCCUACUCCACCCACAUUCUUCACCUGGUUGCAUACACCAACACCAGUCAAGAUUUGUUUACACCCAACUAUCAAAUAUGAAUAAACAGAGUAUAUUAUGUAUGGUGCUUUUACAAAAGAGAUUUUGAUGAAUGGUCUUUCUUUCUCUGUAUGGUCUUGAUACCUUAAUGAAAUCAAUGCUUUAACAAAAUCUUAUGAAAUUGAUUUUGAUGUAUUGUUGCACAUACUGUAAUACCAAAUUUUAUAUUCAGUUUAAAUGCUUAUUCUUGUAAUAUCAAACAAUAUGCUUUAGCACAGUGCACUAUCAACAAUUAUACAAAAACCUAGAUUUAGAAUCUUUUAUUUGCAUAUUUUACACAAUCUGCAAUCAUUCUCUGAGAUGCCAUGUGAAGCUUAACAAGUGCUAAAUAUAUGAAAUAUGA